UCCCUACUCUCCCCACUUGGACAGCCACGAACGUGGGAUUUCUCUCAGCGCCGAUCCUCUGCGAGCUUCCUCCUUUCCGGUCCUCCGGUCGUGUGCGGGAAUUCAGCUCUGGCAACCGAGUAUAGCAUCUUCGUCGCUCGCUUCAAACCAUCAUGGCGCACUACAAGAAUGGCUACCCGAUCUAUGGCCAAUCAACGAAUUCUCCUCCGGCCUCAGCGCAGCCCACCCGAUAUGACCUGUAUCCCAACCAGCCCACCAGCCCACAACUUCGACGCAUGCCUAGCUACAACGUGGGGGACGAUGCAGGGCUUUUGGGAAUGGCUCAGCCACAGAAUGCAAGAGCGACCGAAGUGAACGCUCGCUAUGGGGAUCAAGACCGCGAUGACCUUGCAGACCCUCGAUACGCGCAUCUGCCCACUCCUUCCUCCCCUCAAAUGUCUCGCACGCGCGCCUCCUCGCAGUCCAGCUACCAAUACCAAUAUACCUCAUCCGUCUCCGCCGCUGCCUCUCCCACCCAGCUCGCGUAUAACCCUCAACAGUAUGCCCUGCCACCCACUCCUUCUCAGCAGCAAGUCGGAUUCAGCCCAAUCGCAUACGCCGGUCCGGGCUCUCCGCAGAGCAACCCAAUCGCAUCAGGACAUCAGCCAUAUAAUCCCGCUGCCUACCAGACAGCCAGUCUCAACUCAGCGGCCAUUCAACGACAACCUUCCUUGACAUAUGACCAAGCUCCUUCUUCGCCCCUGACAUGUGGGCCGCCUCAUCCACAACUUCCCCCACCGCCGCCCCCUCCCCGCGGUCCCGACCACCCUUACGGAAGCCGUCCUGCUGCGCAGUACGGAGGGGUGUGUCCGGCCGCACAGUAUGGCUUCGCGCAACCGUCGCCCUACACUGUAGCGUCUCCGGCAACGUUUGGUCCCGCUGAUUCUAAUCCUCCUGCUUCCCCUCCGUACAUGACAAGCGCUCAGAUGUCGAACUACAUUCCCCAAUCGCCCCGUCGAUCCGAUGCCGUUCUACUCCCUGCUCUGGACGACCAACCUCCAGUGCCCCCGGCGCAUUCGUCAAUAGGCGAAGACGUUUAUGGAAAGCGCGCAAGCCUAACACUUGCUGGCAGCGGGAGAUCCUUGCCCACUCCACCCGUGCACCAAGUCCAGUCCCCAGUGUCCCCCCGGCGCACAGAUACCUUGACUCGACACCCGCAAGCCCGCCCUCUGCCGGGCCCGCCGGUGGAUGCGGAAACUGACCAGUUUCUCGACCCCGAAGAUUCGUCUCAUCAGCUCUCCCCCGACGAGAGACACACUCACACUAACGGGAGCAUUGCCACUGGAACGGGCCAGUAUGUCAACUAUGACGCUUAUAGUGACGACAGCGACGCGGAGGCAGCGGCAGGCCUGGCCAUGUUGCAAAUGGCUGAAGAGGAGGACCGCGUUCAAGCAGAGCGGUUAGAGGAACGUGCGCGGCGAGAAACCAAUGCAUCCAUCAUCAGUGCUUACGGCGCGCGAUCGGAUACCCAGACAACAUCGCCUCCCACUGACUGGCUUCAAGACGAUCAGUUCUCAUACGGGGGCGGCAGCUAUGGCGGGGUGGGAGGAUACGACGAGAAUGGCUAUGCCACCGAUGGCUAUGGUGAUGAUCGACUGCCAGCCACGUCGGGCUCGUUACGGGGCUCCCACCUGUCGGCAGGUGACCGGGACGAGUACUCGGACGAAUACGACUCUCCGCCCACGGCCGAUUCGGCCGGAUACCCUUAUCCACAGAUGCCGGAUUAUGCUCGAGUGGAUGCGGGUGGCACAGGAGGAUUAUCGGAGCCGGGAGCGUACGAGCGUCGGAUGAGCUUCGAUUAUGGAGAUGAGACCCACGGCCCGCUGGGCGAUCACCAGGGCCUCCAGCGAUCGGAAAGUGAUAGCUCAAGGCAGGGGGAUGAACCAGGGGACCUUUUCUUUCAUCCCGGGAUGCGGCCCCUUCCUCCGGCUCCGGUCGAACCAGCCAGCAACCCUACCCUCAGGUCUCACUUGAUGCCGGCAGGAACCUAUCGUCACCAGGACCAAGCGGAUGUGCGGGAUGCUACACAGUAUAGCCCCUCUUAUUUUCCUGUUGCUCCUGAUUCCUACAACCCGACCGUGUCCCAUUCUUCUGCUCAAGUGCCACGGUCGACAUCUCUCUCGAGCCAUCCAAGUGGACCUCGUACUGACCCCCCUAUCAGAUCGAAAACAGAUGCAGAUCGGGCGAAGUACAAGCAGCAGCAGCAGCAGGAGUUGCUCCGUCAGCAGCAAUAUGGCGCGCUCCAGUUUGACGAUUCGCCCGAUGCUGCCGCCGCAGCGAUGGCGCUCGAUCUGCCUGCCAUCCCGGCUGGCCGCCGCAAGAAGUUUAACCCCGCCAAGCUCUCAUCAGAGCAGUUCCGCCGCUGUUCGGAGCCUUGGGCUCUGAGCUCCGUCCUGACCUGGAUUCGGGACCUUAGUGAGGACGAGACCGAUCUGAAGGAGCAGGCCAUUGUCGAUGCCAUUGUUGCCUUGUUCACCCACAAAGUCCCGACCAUGAAUAUGGCGGAUGCCGAAACCUUGGCUGCUCGCGUGGUCAGGAACAUGCUCGCCGAAGAAGUUCUGGUGAAGGAGGAGGAGUGGGUCAAGUUCAGUUCAGGCACAAUCUCCGGAGUCCUGUUCCAGAUCACCGGCACUGGGUGUUAUUCGUCUCGGUUGCACGAACAGGAAACGGAGGUGUUCGGCCGUUGCUACUCUCAUCACUGUAUGCGGACGCUGAAGAAGGUGAAUCUGAAAGCGCAGAUGAUGAAGGCGGAGACAAAAGCCGAAGACUGGGUCACUUUCUACAAAGUUCCCAAGGAGGUCUGGGAGACAUAUCCGAAGAAGGAGAUUGACCGCCAAAACAACCUGCAUGAGAUUGUCACCACCGAGGAUUCCUUUAUCGCUCAGCUCGAUGUCUUGCGUGAGCUCUACCGUGAUCAAUUGACCCAAAUGCAGCCGCCGGUCAUCAAGCCCAAGCGCCUGAAUAAGUUCUUGACUGAUGUCUUUGGCAAAGUGGAUCCGGUGAAGAAGGUCAACGAGGACUAUCUACUGGCGCAACUCAAAUAUCGCCAGAAAGAACAAGGGCCGUUCAUUGCUGGUUUCAGCGAUAUUUUCCGCGAAUGGAUCCGAAAGGCCCGGGCUGUCUAUAUUGACUAUGCGGCCACCUUCCCACAUGCGAAUUACCUCGUCCGCAAAGAAGCAGAGGUGAAUGUACCAUUUCGCCAAUUCCUCGACCAAGCGCGCGACCAUAAAUUGUCGAAUCGCCUGAGCUGGGACACCUAUCUCAAGGCUCCGAUCACCCGCAUCCAGCGCUACACUCUCCUUCUGGUCACCGUGUACAAGAACAUGGUCAAAGACUCGGAAGAGAAAACCAACCUUGCCCAGGCUAUUGAUGAGAUCAAGCAGGUCGCAUUGGAAUGCGAUGCCAAGGUGGGAGAAAUGACCAAGAAGGUGGAGCUGAUCGAGCUCAGCUCCAAGCUCCAGCUCCGUCCGGAAAUGAAGAAAGAAGUGGAGCUGAACCUAGAGCAUCUGGGCCGUCAAAUCAUUUUCAGAGGGGAUCUGCAGCGACCAGGCACCAGAACGCGUUUCCUAGUGGACACCCAUGCCAUUCUCUUUGACCAUUACCUGGUGUUAGCUAAGACAUUUACGACACGAGACCCGUCCCGGACGAUCAAGUAUGAGGGAUAUGACGUUUCGAAGUUGCCCAUUCCUAUGGACCUUUUGGUCUUGGAGAGUACCAACGACGACCCCGUGGUGAAAUCCGCCGUUCGUGGUGUGGCAACCAUGACCCAGCCGCAGGCCGUCGGCCGCGGGGUAGGCGGCAAUACGUUGGCUCACACUGCCAGUGGUAACUCGGCCAGUUCUGGAAACUCGGGCUCGAGCAAGACCAUGGUGCCUGCAACUGUGCUGGAAAGCUCCAAGGAUGACAAGAUUCUUUAUCCGUUCAAAAUCAAGCAUUUGGGAAAGAAUGGAACGUACACCCUCUACGCCUUCUCUUCCCAGAGCAGACAAGAAUGGUGCGACAGAAUUACCGUGGCAAAGACGAAACAUGCCGCAGCGUUGUUUGCGCAGAACGCCGAGCCUUUCAGACUCCGUGUGCUUGCCGACACUGCUUUUGCUACGUCCGAGGCUGCAUUGCCUCCAACAAGCGUGAUCAUCGAUGCGACGCCCCUUGAUAGAGCCAUUAGGGAUGUGGAAGAGCGGUACGCGGGCUCCCCACGCCCAGCACCGGUCUGCAGGACUACGGUGCACUGCGCUACCGUUUUUCAGCAACCCCCUGGUCGGAUGAUGUGUGCCAUUGGCACCGACUACGGAGUCUAUAUCUCUGAAUAUAAUGACCCUCGGGGUUGGGUUAGGGCUAUUCCCAUUAUCCGGGUCACACAGAUCGCCGUCUUCGAAGAAUUCAACGUCUUUGUGCUGAUUGCCGACAAAUCUCUGAUAGCUUACCACUUAGAUGUCGUGUGCCCUCCAGGCGGCGUUACCACGCAGACCACGACCGACUCGGCUCGUCGCGCGCCGCAGAAGCUGUCGGGUAGCCGCGAAGUGGGCUUCUUUGCCGCCGGCCACAUGAAGGAUCGCACUUUGAUUAUGUAUAAGAAGCGAGAUGGGCUCUCGUCCACAUUCAAGAUUCUUGAACCGGUGGUGCAAAAGUCAUCAAGCAGUCGGACUCGUCUAUUCUCGCGACGCUCGCAGACCGAGUUCUUCCGCGAGUACGAUGAGUUCUACAUUCCCUCGGAGUGCUACGGCAUCAACUUGUUCCAUUCCUCGCUGGCCAUUUCAACUCAGCGGGGUAUCGAGAUUCUCACGAUUGACAAGAAGUAUACGUGGUCCGUGCCUGAUUUCCGCUCUGAGGCUCCUCCGGAAGCGCAAGCCCAAUUAACCAGCAUUGCCCACCGUAUUGGCACUCUACGCCCGCUGGGUAUGUUUCGACUCAGUGAUAGUGAGUUUUUGGUAGUGUACACGGAGUGUGCCGUAUAUGUCAACAAGCACGGCGACGUAUCCCGCAGUGUGGUUAUGGAGUUUGUGGGCCAUGCUCAUUCCGCGUGUCUGUACGGCCGGUUCCUUAUCCUCUUCAAUGAUGAUUUUGUCGAAGUGCGAAACGCCAUGAAUGGCCGUCUCCGCCAAGUCAUUCCGGGCCAUGGUGUUGUCUGUCUGGACGAUGGUAGCAGCAUGCCCGGGUCCGGCGCCAACAGCAUUCCUACGAACUCAGGCGCAUCUGUGAACUUGUCCAGUGGACUGUCGAAUGGUAGUUCGCUCGCAAGCAGUGGCCGUACGGUCAAGAUCUGCAUGCAGCAUCCGGAAUUCGAGCGCAGCCAACUCAUUCUGGAGUUGAUCGAAAACGAGGGACAAAAGGAUUGAUAGGUGUGGACUUCGCGUCCAGUCGACUCGCGAUCUAACCAUCUCCUACGCGACCGGUUCCGCCUCCUAGUCACACCAUCGGCAGCUGUUCUCUGCAGAGCGGCAUAUCGGGUUUGACCUCGGUCUUGGGGUGAUAGGCUCAUGUGCAUUUUCCUGCCGAUGUCAUUGCUCGACAUGGGCCAUCGCACGCAAAAUCUACCUUCUACAUAGAAUUUUUUUCCCCUUCUUUUGUCUUCAUUUGAACUGCACCUAUUUCUGACCUUAUACCCCAGACUUUUCUUCUACAUCUUGCCUUUUAAUUAUUUUCAUCUGCCCGGUUGG